CGCGGCAGCCCGAGCGCGGUGGGUCGGGUGUGGCGGCGGCUGCUGUCUGUGAGGGAACAUACCGGCGCUGUGGGCGAUCAUGCGCUUGUACAGCUGUUACAGACGUAUACUGCGUGUUUUGGUAACUUUUUUACCAGAGAAACACAGAACAGUUUGGGUUGGAAGGGGCACUAAAGCUCAUCUCAUUUAAUCUCCUUGCCCUGGCAGGGACACCUCCCACCAGAACGGGUUGGUGCCAGCCCCGUCCAGCCUGGCCUUGGACACUUCCAGGGUUCCAGGGGCAGCCACAGCUGCUCUAGGCACCCUGUGCCAGGGCCUCACCACCCUCACAGGAAAGAAUUUCUCCUUCGUACCUACUCUAAACCUGCCCUUGCAGCCAUUCCCCCUUGUCCUGUCACUGCCGCCCUUGUCAAUAGCCUCUCUCCAUCUGUCUCGUCUCCCUUCUGGUGCCACAAAGCCUUCUCCAGGCUGAACAGUCCCAACUCUCCCAGCCCUUUCUCACAGCAUCCCUCUGGUCUCUGAUCUUGCUGUCCUCUUGAGGCGUCGCUCCAACCAACAGAUCCAUGUCCUUCCUGUGCUGGGGACCAGCUGGAUAUUAUAUAUACUGGAGCGCAUAUAUAUAUAUAUAUAUAUAUAUAUAUAUAUACACACACACACUUUUAAAUUUUUUUUUCUUAAUCCUUCAGCCCCAAAAAGCCAAAUGCUGGAACGCAGCAGAGCCCCAGAGCAGUCAGAGCAAGAGGAACAGGGUACUGUUUGCACAGCAUCUGCAUCACCCCAAGGCCUCAAGCAUCAGCACCUUAGUCUUUACUAUGGGAUUCAGGGAGAACACCCUGAUCUAGAUGCCCUCAUUUGUAAAGCCAUUUGUGGAUAAGCCUCACAGCUCUGCAGUGAGUACCACACCCCCUCCCUGGCUGCACUUUGGUGCAGCUGGAGGGAGCACUGCUGACAGGAUCCUUGCUCACCCAGGGGCUGAAGUGCAGGGACAGGACAGUGUGCAAGUUAAGGCAGAAACUCAAUCAAACACGUGGAUGUUUUCCCUCCCCGUCACCCUGUACCUUUGCCCCUGCCUCGCAUUGUGCUCACCAGACCUCUCCACCACCAUGUCGGGCAUCAGGGUUCUGCUACAGAAAAUCCUGAUCCUUCUGCAGGUUACUCUGUCUGUUGUUGUGGGCAAAACACUGAUGAUACUGUUCCCCAAUGCCAUGAAAAGAUACAUCCUAAAGAUGGGCGAAAAGAGCAGAAUGAACAGGAAUCCAAAGUUCAGCUAUGAAAACUGGGGCCCGACUUUUUUCAGCUUCAAGUAUUUGCAGUUUGUGCUGAAGGUGAAGUGGAAGAGGCUGGAGGAUGAAGCCUACGAGGGACACCCUGCUCCCAACACACAAGUGGUGACCCUCAGCGGGGAAGUUUGUCACCUCCUGGAUUUCAUGAAAGAUAACCGGCCUUUAAUCCUGAACUUUGGAAGCUGCACCUGACCUUCUUUUAUGCUAAAAUUUGAUGAGUUCAACGAGCUCAUCAAAGAUUUCAGCUCAAUAGCAGAUUUCCUUAUCAUCUACAUCGAGGAAGCUCAUGCAGUAGAUGGAUGGGCUUUUAAAAACAAUGUCAUUAUUAAAAACCACAGAAGCCUCGAAGAUCGAAAAAUUGCAGCACAAUUUCUUCAGAAAAAUCAGCCUCUGUGUCCAGUGGUUUUAGACACUAUGGAAAACCUGAGCAGUUCAAAAUAUGCUGCACUGCCAGAGCGACUCUACAUGCUUCAGGGAGGGAAGGUCAUCUACAAGGGAGGAGUGGGGCCUUGGAAUUACCACCCCCAGGAAAUACGGGCCAUCCUGGAAACACUGGAAUAGAAAAAGGACUUCGAAGCAGAAACUAUCUGGAUAAAGAAGUUCAAAAAGAAUAUGUCGUAGUCUAAGGGACAAAAAUAGAAUUUAAAAACAGCCACAGAGAGAAGAAGAAAAGAACAAUGUUGUAUAUGCAGUGUUUAUGCAAGGAGCAUCUGAAUGAGGUUCAUGAUGUUUGUCUAGAAGCUUUCAGGUGUCAUCCCUACACCACCAACUUCUGUAGUAACUUACUACUCUUGUAUCACAUGCAGUAAUGUGGGAGCUGAGUCCACUGAGCUCUGGAUACCAACAUUUACACUUUUAAGGAAUAUCCUGCAGGAUGAACUUCAGGGUGGUGACAUUUGCAAGAGUCCACGAGCAUGCAAAGCAACUGAUUUCACAUUACUAUACACAUUGCACUUGUGUAUAUAAAAUGUUCCCUUUCACUGACUUCAGGAGGCUUCUGAGCAAUGUCCAUUAACAUCUGUUUCCAUGAGUAUUUGUUAUGAUGGUCCCAGCCUAAAGCACUGGCGGCUGUGACCUGAUUCUAGAAAAUAUUUAUAGAAACAAGGGAUUGAUCUACAAGUAUUAAAAGUCUGUCUAUCAAAACACUUAA